UUUUGUUUUUGUGUUUAUAUGUAUAUUGGCCAUUCAUGUGACCCAACAGCCUACCAACAAUUGUUCUUGUGCUGCCUACUCCAACUAGCUAGCUUUGUGCAUUUCCUAUUAGCAUGCACCUACUGCACCCAAACUCCAUAAUCCUCAUAUAUAUGCACUCCAACAAUACCAACAACUGCUACAACAACAAUUUACCUGCACUUGUACACCGUCAUUGUUUUUGCCAGCAUUUGCUUUUGCCAAUAUUUUGUGUGUUUGCCUCCCCCCACUCCAACUGGCUAUUUAUUCACACUCUCUCUCAGUGGCUGCGUGCGCUCUCUCAACACAACUGUCACUGACUGCGCUGUUGACGUCAGCGCCAAUAUGUUUGCGUUGUUUGUGUUGCUAUUUAUUGGGUGGCAGACCCACUUCAAGCGCCUAUACAACAACUUUUUUAUUGUCCACACGCUGUUGUUGCUGUCGGCAUAUGUACGUGCGCAGUAACAGUCGAGCGCUCUGCUUGCUGCGCUGCCGACUGCUGUCUACCGUCUGCUGCUUUGCUGCCACACUCGAUAUCAUUUUCUCGUACAUUUCUUACAUAUUUUUGCUGUUUUUAGUCAUGUGAACGCAUUCGAAUCGUCGCAGUCGUGUGCGAGAGUAGCGUCUGAGCGUAGCGUGUGUAACGGGUUUUACUCGCCAAAUAAAUAUAAAUAUAAUUGCAAUUAUUUACCUGCUAGCUAAAUGACAGAUUGUUGGCGGCGCGUAAUAUGACAGCGUGUGUGUUGAAAAAAAUGUGGUAAAAAAGAAUAAAAACAAAAAAUAGAAAAAAUAUUUUUGCAAAUAAUUUUUGUUUAAUAAAAAUGAGAAAAAAAUGUGUGCGAAAAUAUUUUAAACGUUUGGCAGUGUCUCGUUGAGUGACCAAAGGAAUGUUUGCGUGCGAAAAAAAAAUUCAUUAACAGUAAAAGUGUGGAGAAAAAUUGCAAAAAAUAAAUAGAAAAAAAUCAUAAAAAUGAAAAUAAAUAAUAAAAAUAAAAAUAGUAACAAAAAAAUAACAACAAAAACAUAAAUAGCAACAAAAACCAAACAAAAGCAAGUGAAAAAGUGUUUAAAGCAAAACAAACACAAAUUGAAUUGAAGUCAAUUGUCACUAGUUUUUUUUUUUUACAGUUAAGUGUUUUAUUAACUGCUUUUUUUGUAGUCUCAAGCGUUGUGACAAUUUCACGUGAUUGUCAUUGAAGCGCGCUUGUCUGCGCACCGCUUUCGCACCUUUGCAGCUGGUCUUCACUUGUGACCGCAAGUAAUUUAUGUGCUGCACCAUAAAGAAGUAGAAAAAAAUAAUAAAUAAAAUAAAAAAAAUUAGAAAAACUUAUAAAAAAUUAAAAAAAAAAAAUUAUAAAAAAAUUUAAAAAAUACUAAAAAAUUAUAAACAAAUUAAAGAAAAAUUAAAAAAAAAUAUAAUUAUAAAAUAAUUAAAAAAAAUUUUUAAAUUGAGAAAUAAAUAUUAGUAAAAGCAACAAAAACAACAACAAAGUGCGCGCAAUCAACAGCUGAUAAGAAACGCUGGCAGCAAUAAAAAUAAUAAAAACAAAAAAACAGCAUUCAAGUGCUAACAAAACGCUUAUGUAUAAGGUAAAAGUAAUUAAAAACGGAAACCGUCAAUUUUUCAUAGCGUUUACUUGUAGAGUGAGCGUGUAAAUUUCUAGUGCUAGUGCUUGUGAAUUUGUGGAAAUUUUACUGCUUCUUCACUUUAAUUUUUUUGUGAUUUUUUUUACCUACCAUUUCCCAAUUCAACUAUCAAUUGACAGUUCAGCGCGCUGCAUGCCUGAUAGCGCCGUAUGCUUUGCAAACAAGUCAAUCAGCCAGUUAGUCAGUCAAUCACCUGCGUAGCGCAAUCAAUUUUUUUUUUGUUCUGUCACCAGUGGUGUAUUUAUUUAUUUAAUGCCUGCUGUUGACCUGUGAAGCCAUUGAAGUUGUUGUGCAAAUUUGUGUGCUGAAGUGUAGUAGAAGUGUAUUAAAUAACAGCAAGAAGUAUUGCAGACGCAGCAAUAAAAGUUCGCAGUUGUGCUAAUAAGGAGUUACCAAAAACAUUCAAUUUGACCAGUGUUACCAGCUCACUGAAGAAAACAGGAUGUAAUCCAACGCAUUAACCCAACCCCAACCAACUGCUGACGCACAAAAAACCGAGAUAAAAUGACUAUAUAAGACUGAAUAGAAAAGAAAUAAAACGAAAAAGAAAGAAACGCAUAAAGUAAGCGUGUGACCAGACGGAGUAAUCAAAUCACAGAGACGACGACGAAUGGAUAAAUUGAAGCAACGAUUAGACCAAGAGUAAAAAGUUGACAUAGACAAGUUGGUGUAUACGCAUGCGCACCGCAGUAAGCUGACGCGGGAAAGGUGCGGCGAAAAAAGUGGACAAACCAGCAAAACUUGCCAAACUCACAAAAACAAAAGCAAAGGCUAAAGAAACAACAAAAAAUCGCAGAAAAAAAUUUUAUUAAACGCAAAUUCUAUGCGCUGCAAUAAAAGAUAGAUUAACAAAGCGCACAACAACAACAAACACAACAACACAAAAGCCAACUAUGCGCUCAGCACAAAUUAGCAUGAAAAAGUUUCUCUUUCUUUUUUAACGCCACACACAGACUAAUACACAUGCAACCUUACUAUUUAUCACAACAACAACAAGCAAGUAAAAAUUUACAUAUCAACGCUUACAGCGCGCGCUUCCAAAGCGUCAACGUCAAACGUUAAAUAAGAUAACCAACCAAUAAUAAAUAAAUAACUACAAUACACACAGCGGCCGCAAACAUGGUCAAGGGCAUUUUAGUGAACCGCAAAGCGGAUGAGGCGCACAAGGCGCAGCUGAAAAUGGAGCACGCCGACCUAGUCGCCGAGAUGCAGACAGUGGAGAAUCUGCCGACGCACGAACGCCUGCAGCUGGCGCGACUCCGCCGCACACAACAGCUUAAGGUCGCGCGUCAAAAGGAGAAGGAAUGGCUGAAAUUACAACGCGCCAAAGGUAAUGCGACCUCAGCGCUCAGCGGCAGCCAUACCACACAUCACUUUCGUUCGAACAGCGGCAGCGCCAGCCGUCACAUAUCCUUCGAGAGCAGCGUUGUGCUGCUGGAGGCCGCCAGCCGCAAUGAUAUGCACGAAGUGGCCGAACUGCUGGAGCGUGGUAUUACACCGGAUGCGGCGAACGAGGAUGGGCUGACGGCGCUACAUCAAUGUUGCAUCGAUAAUAAUGUUGAAAUGUUGCGCCUACUGCUGGAGUAUGGCGCGAAUGUGGACGCGCAGGAUAGUGAUAAGUGGACGCCGCUACAUGCGGCCGCCACAUGUGGGCACUUGGAAUUGGUGCGCAUACUCAUCGAUCAUGGUGCGAAUUUGUUGGCGGUGAAUACGGACGGUAAUAUGCCGUAUGAUCUGUGCGACGAUGAGAACACCUUGGACUAUAUAGAGGCUGAGAUGUCGAAGCGCGGCGUGACGCAGGAGCUGAUCGAUGAGACGCGCUCAUCGACGGAGCGUCAAAUGCUGAAGGAUCUGAUGGAGGUUGCGCGCACCGGUGGCGAUCUGGAGGAGCCCGACUACCAGGGUGCUACGCCGCUGCACAUAGCUGCGGCUAAUGGUUAUGUGCGCGUUGUGGAAUUCCUGCUAGAGAUGCAUGUCAAUGUGGACGCGGUGGAUAAGGAUAUGUGGUCGCCGGUGCAUGCGGCUGCAUGUUGGGGUCAUUUGGAGGUGCUAGAAAUGCUUGCGCAGUGUGGUGCCGAUUUAAAUGCCAAAAAUAAGGAUGAUGAAACGCCUUCAGAUAUUUGCGAGGAUCCCGAGAUACGUGAACGCAUCGAACAGUUGAAAACCGAGCAGGAGAGUAAACGGCUGGCAGAAGCGCAACGGCGACGUGUGCGGCGCUCACAAAGCAACAACACGCGCGCCCAGUCUGUGCGCCGCACUUCCCUGCGCGACAAGACGCUAACAACCAAAAAGGAUGCCGUCGAAGAGGCACGUCUACGUUUACAAGCACAAGAAGUCUUCAUUGCACCGGAUGGCACAACGCUCGCCGAUACAAACGGCCACGGCAGCAAUAACACUACCAAUCAUCAUUCCACGUUGGCGCUAUUGGAUGGCGUCAACGACACGACAGCCACAACAACACAUGCCUCCACGCACGAUUACAAUUGGCUAACGAAAGCGCCAACAAAUAAUAAUAACAACGCCAACAACAACAAUAAUAAUAACAAUACGAUUAGUAGUAAUAACAACAACGAUAAGAAAGUUGCAGCAUAUACAGCUAGUCUUGCGACCGCAACGGCGGCGUCGGCAACUACAACGACAACAACCACAAAUGGUAGUGUUAACACGUAUUUGCCGCAUUCGCUAUCCGCCAUGGAUGUGAUGGAUGCGUCGUCGCAUGCAUUUAAUUCACGUCGACCGCCAGAGGGUCGUGAAAAUGAUGAAUUACAGUUGAACGCCUACAAAGCGGGUGGUGGCGGCGGCGAACAUCAUCGUUCGACAUCGGCGUCAGCGAUGAUUGUUAGCGAUCGCAAUAAUAUGGCGGCGGCGGCCGCAACAACGGCCGGCCCGGAUGCGGUGCACAUACAGUCCAGCAAGGAGGCGGCGAAUGGCAAGAUAAAUGUGCAAGUGACAGUGCUAGUCGACACUACCAAUACGCAUCAUCAUCAACAACAGCAACAACAACAACAGCUCAUCCAACCGCAUACACUCUCCAUGGAGAGUUUGAACUCUUCGGCCGCCACACUAGCCAAUUUGAAGAAGCAACGUUCGCUUUCGCGUACAAAUAACAGUAUAUUGAUAAGUGAAAAUGGUUCUGUUCUAGGAGCCGCCAACAACACCAGCAACACGAUCAACAAUCACCUGCACAGCGGCAGCGCCAAUAAUAAUAAUUCAAUAUUGGCGAAUGACACCAGCAACACCGGUGCGGUGCAUCAGCAACCACUAAGCGGUGGUCUACAUCCCAGCCUCCUCGAGUUCAACAACGGUGCGGGUGGUGCCGGUGGUGGUAGUAGCAUAACGAGUGGUGGCGAACAGUCGACGGGCUACUCGAACGCCUCGUCGAUGAAUAAGUUUAGCGGUAUAACGGGUGAUGUGGUUAGUGAUAGCACGAGUUCCAAAAAAUGCUGUACGUUGAUGUGAACGCAAGUAUGCAACAAGUGGGCGACGGCAACGAUGGUGUUGGUGACGGUGGUGGUGAGAUUGUAGCAGCGAUACAGUAUUCGUGAAUGGCAUUUUUCUAAUUGAUAAAUGUUGCACCAGCGAAUUGCCGGCGCGUAUUUACAUGUUAUAUGUGUAUAUACAUAUGUAUGUUGCUGGCUGCGUUUGCAACAUUUGUUGCUACAAUUUAACAGGGUAUUAAAUAUAUGUACGUUUGUAUGUAACGGGUAUGCCAGUGUAGUUUUUAGGAAAGUUGUUGCACUAUAAACCAACUCACAGACAUACAUACUUACAUAUGUACAUCACGAAGUUUGCCGAAAUUACACUUUUUUUCAAUGUAAACUCAAUUCACCAAAUACACUUUUUAUGAGUUUUUGUUUCAACACAAACUUUGGUGUACUAAUACAAGGUUGGCUGCAGUCUGUGAAGGUUGUUGGUGGGUGGAAAUUCACAUUUCCUUAAUGUGAUUUUAUUAAAGAAGUGUCUAAAUAUUAUUUAAAAUUUUUUUUUUGGGAAUGGUGAGUUUGUAAAUUAAUUAAAUUUAUUCCAAAAUUUCGAAUUCGAAUUUUAUACUGGAGAAUUUCGAGGGAAAAUACUGAAAGUGAACACAAAGUUGUAUUUUCUGGAGGUACAUAUUCUUUGCUUUUGAAAUUCUUUCUUUUUGUAAAUGUCCGUUACCAAUUUGAACUUUAUAAAAAUUUUAAAAAUUAUUUUUUAAUUAUUUUUCAAGCAUUUUCCUAUUUCUACAAAAACAAAAAUAUAGAAAAAAUUCUCUGUUACAACUAAAAAAUUGGAAAAUAUGCUUUAUCCAAAAUAAUUUCAAACUAAUUUUACAAAAUAAAAUUAUAAAAAUUUAUGAAAAUAAAUUCAUAUUUUUCUCUAUUUUUCUAAAAAUUUAGUAUUUUUUAAUCCUAAAAAAGCUAUGUAUUCACUUUUCCAUCAACUAAAAAUCAAAACAAUUCGUUUCGAAUAAAUAUUUUCGAAAAUGUAUCAACUCCAAGCUUACUACAAAUUAUUCUGAAAUAUUCAAACUAUAUAUAGAAUAAUUAAUCAACAUUUUUCUAUUUUUUCUAAAAUUUUUGUUCUGGGACCUCCUAAAACACUAUAUAAUAUUUUUGAUAACUAAAUUCCAAACUAAAUUCAAAUUAACUUUAAAAACUUUUCUCUAUAACUUUUGUUUUUGUUUUUUAUAAAAAUAUAGCCGUCGAUUUUUGUUUUAAUAAUAAUCUUUGUAGUAUUUUUUUUUCAUUAAAAAUAAAAAAAAAAAUAAUUUUCAUAUAAAAUACAAUAAAAUGUAAUCCGAGUUAAAGUAAAAAUAAAAAAUGUGGAAAUUGAAAAGUAAAAUAAAAAUUCAGUACAUCAAAUAUCGGUUUGAAAGUGAAUUUGACUCGGAAAUUUCACUCGGAAGUGAAUUACACAACCUGCCUGAUAAAAUAGGUUCGAAAGAAUAAGUUCAGAAAUUCGAUAAAUAACUCAAAGAUUAACUUGAAAAUUUUUAAUAUUUAACUGUUGUUUCAAAUAAUUAUGAGUACAUGUCGAUUGUUAAAAAAAUUGUGACUUCCAAUGUUUUAAUCACAAUAUAUGUAUAAUACUGAGAAAAGGAAAUUAAUGUUUGUCAUAAUUAUAAUAACCUUUUUUCUAAUUUUUUCAAAUAUUUUUUUUUUUUACUUUACUAAAUGUUGGAUCAAAGUGUGGUCAGUAUUACUUAUAGUAAAAUAAUUUUCAAAAAAUAAAAACUAAGUUAAACGUAUCUGUUAGAUUGUUAAACGAUCUCUAAAUGGCUGCUCAAUUCCUAUUAGUUGCUUCUUCAGGCAAAAAAUAUCGUUUUGUUACAAAAAAAAAAUAUUUCUUUAAUUCAUUUAAUAAUUAAUUUUGAUAUAAUUUUAAUUAAAUAAUUGCAUAAAAUAUUAUUAUUUUUUACACUAAAGUCAAAACAAUUGUAAAAAUUUAAUCAAUUUACACCAAUUCCCAAAAACAACCAACAACAACCGGCAAACUGUCAAGCCACACCAAUGUGUAGCGCACUUUUAGGCGCAACCCGAUAACAAAAAAAUUAAAUGCCACUAAACUUAACAAAGCAUCACAAAAACUAGUUAAAAAUACACUAAAACAAUAGACAAACAAAUAUUGUAUAAAAAUAUAAAAAUUAUUAUUUAUUAUAAUAAAACUAAUUAUACAUACAGAGAAGGGCAUUUGAAUCAAAACAAAAACACUCAAAAGCAAACAUAUAAACAUAAAUAUGUAGUAAAAUAGUUCAAUGAAGACAUCAAAAACGUUGUUAGCAAAAAAAGUUAUAAACUUCAAAUGUAUUUAUUAGUAUUGUAUACAAGAAUUGCUGAGCUGUCUUUUAUUAUAAAACAAAGUGAUAACAAUUAAGCAAAAAAAUAAUUAAAAAUUUAAAAAUUAAAUUAAAAGUAACAAUUAUACUUGCUAACUAUAAGAAAUGGAGCUAUUAAUGAAAGUGACUAGUUAAUAAAUAUAAAAAAAAAUUAAAAAAAAACACAACAGCGCAUAUUUAAAACAUACAUAUAAGCAAGCAAAGCAAAUGUAAAGCAAGUGUCUUUUAGUAUGUUAGGCAUUUAUUGUUGUUUUUUGUUUUCUGUACUUUUAUAAUUUACACUUUUUUAUUGUUAAUGCAUGUGAAACGAAAAAUCUAAACUUUAAGAGUGAAACUGUGUGAACAAGUUGUUAUUUUGCAAAAAAGAAAAAUA